GCACAUUUAUUUCAUUCAUUCAUCUGUCUGCCUUACAGCUCUCCACUAUACUACUAAAUGUCCAGAUCCUUCCUCUUUUUACUUCAUCCUAACCAUAUACCCCUCUGCUCUUCGUUUAGCAGCUUAUUUACUACCACUGUCCCACUAAAAAUAUAUAUACUAGUUCAUUUGCUAUUGUUUUUUUCUCCAUUUUCUUGAGAUUCAAGAAUGAACCCCUUGAGAAGAAAAGCUCCACCUUUUCACUCUGUUUUCUUGAUUUUCCUCACUCUUUCAUGGGGUUUUCAGAAUACUUGUGGAGACCAAAAACAACCCAUUAAAACUGUUGUUGUGUUGGUGUUGGAGAAUAGAUCUUUUGAUCACUUGCUUGGAUGGAUGAAGAAAUCAGUGAAUCCAAGAAUCAAUGGUGUCACUGGCAAAGAGUGCAAUCCAUUGUCAACUAAAGCUCAAGAUACUGAAACAAUUUGCUUCACGGAUGAUGCACAGUAUGUGGAUCCAGACCCUGGUCACUCUUUUGAAGAUGUGGAACAACAGGUAUUUGGCUCUGGCUCUGGCUCUAUUCCAUCAAUGUCAGGUUUUGUGGAACAAGCACUCACCAUGUCUGAUAAUCUAUCAAGAACUGUCAUGAGAGGAUUUAAGCCCGAAAAUGUCCCGAUUUACGCGACAUUAGUUCGCGAAUUCGCAGUAUUCGACAGGUGGUUCUGUUCAAUUCCAGGUCCAACACAACCAAACAGGCUAUUUCUAUACUCUGCAACUUCUCAUGGUUCCACUAGCCAUGUCAAGAAGCAACUAGCUACAGGGUAUCCACAAAAAACCAUAUUUGAUUCGCUUCACGAAAACGGAUUAGAUUUCGGUAUUUACUACCAAAACAUACCAGCAACUCUGUUUUUCAGAAAUCUAAGGAUGUUGAAGUACAUGUUCAAGUUCCAUCAGUAUGAUUUGCAGUUCAAGAAAGAUGCUAAAAAUGGAAACUUGCCUAAUUUGACAGUGAUUGAGCCAAGGUAUUUCGGUAUAAUUGGAUAUCCAGCAAAUGAUGAUCAUCCAUCACAUGAUGUUGCUAAUGGGCAGAAAUUAGUUAAGGAGAUUUAUGAGACAUUGAGGGCUAGUCCACAGUGGAAUGAGACACUUUUUGUUAUUACUUAUGAUGAACAUGGUGGAUUUUAUGAUCAUGUUAAAACUCCUUAUGGUGAUGUUGUUCCAAAUCCAGAUGGGAAUACUGGGCCUGCACCUUCUUUCUUUAAGUUUGAUAGGCUUGGUGUUCGUGUGCCAACCAUUAUGGUCUCUCCUUGGAUCAAGAAAGGAACUGUAAUAACUAAGCCCAAGGGACCUGCAGCAAAUUCAGAAUUCGAACACUCAUCAAUUCCAGCAACAAUAAAGAAAAUAUUUAAUCUUACAUCCAAUUUUCUAACUCAUAGAGAUGCUUGGGCUGGCACAUUUGAACAUGUUGUAGGUCAAUUGUCAUCUCCAAGAACUGAUUGCCCUGUAUUUGCAGAGGUUCUACCUGAUGCAUCUAGCAUUAGGUCUGAAGCAGAUGAAACUCGGGCAUUGUCCGAGUUUCAGAGUGAAGUAGUGCAGUUAGCAGCUGUGUUGAAUGGGGACCAUUUCUUGAGCAGUUUCCCACAUGAAAUGGGGAAGAAAAUGAAUGUUAAAGAAGCACAUAGUUAUGUAGGAGGUGCAGUUUCAAGAUUUAUUAGUGCAAGUAAAGAAGCUAUUAAGUUGGGAGCAGAUGAGUCUACUAUUGUAGACAUGAGAUCUUCUCUCACUACUAGAACCUUUGUACACCACUAGUUUAUUUUUAUUUACUACUACUAUAUGAUAUGAAUAAGCCCUUUAAUUGUA